AUGGGCUUCACCACCCAUGUGCGUUACGAUGCCUACAAUCCGAGCCACGAUGCUUCGACCGAGGCCAGGAAGUCGUUGACGGAUCUCGACUACUCGCCAUUGCGUCGUGUAACAUGGGCUUCGUUCUUCAUGGCUGUGUUGGACACCGGUCAGAUCUCCGGAUUCCUGGCCAUGCCAGACUUCCUGGAACGUUUCGGCCAGCGUCACGACAACGGUGAAUACUACUUCAGCAAUGUCCGCUCCGGUCUCAUCGUUGGCAUGCUAUCAAUCGGUACACUCAUCGGCGCCCUUACCGGUGGACCCAUUGCAGACUGGAUCGGCAGAAGAUACUCCAUCACUUUGUGGAGCAUCAUCUUCUCCGUUGGCCUCAUCGUCCAGAUCUCGUCGACCCGUGACUGGGUUCAGAUCAUGAUGGGUCGUUGGGUGGCUGGUCUUGGCGUAGGAGCGCUUUCGCUGCUUGUGCCUAUGUAUCAGGCUGAGACGGGUCCGCGUCAUAUCCGUGGUGCUUUGAUUUCUUGCUACCAGCUGUUCAUUACCUUUGGUAUCUUCCUAGCGGCAGUCUUCAACUUUGCUACGUACGAGCACCAGCGGUACAAGGAGGCCUCCUGGCAGAUCCCAAUCGGCAUUGGUUUCGUCUGGGCCGUCAUUCUGGGCGUCGGCAUCCUCCUCUUCCCAGAAACGCCCCGUUUUGAAUACCGAAGAGGCAAUAUCGAAAAGGCCAAGGCUACGAUGAUGAGAGUCUACGGCGCUCCGGCAAACCACUACACCAUUCACGUGGAAUUGGAGGAGAUUGAGCAGAAGCUUCGAGCCGAAGAGAAUAAGGGCACUGUGGUUCAGGAAUGGAUCCACAUGUUCUCUGCCCCCAAGAUGGCAUACCGCAUCAUGCUCGGUGUCUUGAUCCAGAUGUUCCAGCAGCUUACUGGCGCCAACUACUUUUUCUACUACGGAACUGUCAUCUUCCAAGGAACUGGCAUCAACAACUCCUUCGUGACGCAGAUGAUUCUCAACGGCAUCAACUUCGGCACGACGUUCUACGGGCUCUACAUUGUUGAGCACUACGGCCGUCGCAAGUCUCUGAUCAUUGGUAGCGCUUGGAUGUUCAUCAUGUUUUUAAUCUUCGCCUCAGUAGGCCACUUCUCCCUCGACCGCCAAACGCCCAACAACACCGAAGGCGCCGCAACCGCCAUGAUUGUCAUCGCCGCGCUCUUCAUCUUCGGCUUCGCGACGACAUGGGGCCCUAUGAUCUGGACCAUCUGCGGCGAGCUGUACCCAUCCCGCUACCGAGCCAAGGGCAUGGCCCUCUCGACCGCGAGCAACUGGCUCUGGAACUUCCUCAUCGCCUUCUUCACGCCCUUCAUCACGUCCGACAUCGACUUCCGUCUGGGAUAUGUCUUUGCGGCGUGUAACUUCCUAGGUGGUCUGAUUGUGUACUUCUUCGUUAUUGAGGGACAGGGCCGCACGCUUGAGGAGAUUGAUACCAUGUACAUCUCCGGCGUCCUCCCCUGGAACUCCUCCAAGUGGAUCGCACCACCACCAGAGGAAAUCGCCCGCAUCCGCACCGAAGCAGGAGUCCACGACGCCCCGCUGCCAGACAGCGAGAUCUCUCGCGCUCCAGUCAACGGCAACACGAAUGGCUUCCCCAAGGAGAGCGGCGAGACCGAUCUGCACAACGAGAAGCUCGAUGACGGUCCUGGAUUCACUGCUCCAGUUGCACCUGGCAACGAGGGUCUGAACAAGGAGACGGUCUAG